AAGAAAAUAAAUAUAUAUUUUUAUGUAUGUGUCUUGUUUUGCUCUUGUCGUGGGGAUAUUUGUUUUAUUUGGACGCAAAAUGUUUCUAAUAUACGUAUCGUUAAAUUUUUAAAUCAAGACCAGAUCUGCCGCGUAUAAAGACGAGGAGAAUAACUGAAAGUCAAUGCGACUCAACUUUGCACUGACUUGGCUUCAUGACUGUGCGCAUGUGUGUGAGCGGAGCAGCUACACGGAGGUGAGGUGAGCAGGUCAGUCAGAGGUGGACCUUUUUCCGGGGUUGGACAGCGGUCCAUUAUUUAUUCAUGCUGAUGUAUCUGAACGGCCGCCUAAUUGCACCAUGAGGAGCCCAAUUACGUACAGGGGCCUGCGGCAGCACAGAAAGUGGACUGUGGAUCAUAUGUCUGAUGCCGUGCGUCUUAUUUACAUUUGCAGAGCUCGGGUUCGGCUAUGUAAGGACACAAUGUUUGUUUCUGUUUAGAUGCUCCUUGGAUGAACAGAUGCAGGGAGGACGGGUAAAUGUUUACAGGUCAUAAGUUUGAUAUUGCUGAGCUGAUCAUGGCAGACAAAGUGGACUCCAGUCAGGGUGACAAUACCAGCUCUGUGGAGGACAAGGUGAUCGUCUCUCAUCAAGAUCAAACCAAAACGGAGCUCCUCUCUUCUUUGCUUCCUCCUCUUCACUCAUCUUCUCUUCCACCAGUCCGCCCUCCAUCAGAUCGGGUCUUCUUGCAGGCAGCAGCUUUUUUCCAGCAGCUGCACACAGAGAAGUCGGUCGCACAUCAACGUCUGUUUUAUGGAAAAACGACAAACGCGCCGGUGCCGGAAAAUGGAGACAAACCAACGCAGGAGCAGGCUUACCAACUGGCCUUUAACACGCUGAAAUAUCAAGAUUUACUCGAGGACAUCGUUGCUGACAGCCGCUUCCACGUUUCUCAGCAAAUUUCCAGUGACCUGUUGCCGCUGGCGAUGGUGAUGCUGUUUGACUUCCAGGACAGAAAGUUUUCGUUGCGUGAACAUUCAACGAACGAAGGGCAGGAGGUUAUCCAGGAAGUCAAGGACCUGGAGGGGAGUCUGCAGAGGUGUAAGACCAAGCUGGCAGCGUCUCUGGCUCGCUGCAGAGUGAAACAGAGUCUGCAGAGUGUCUCCUGCUUUCUGUCCAAGUCUGUCAGGACCAAGCAUCACAGAGCAAAAGGUCUGCCGGUUUACGCAUGGAUCAAUACUCUCACAACCAGCCUCGAGGAGGUGUGUGAGGCGUUGCGAAGCGCUGGCUUGCGUGAAGCGGCAAACGUGGCUGAAGUCAAGGAGUCGGCGUUCUGCAGGGACCCUCUCUGCUCAGACACACUCGUCUUCUCCCGGCGUCUUCAUGCCCCGCUGCAGCACAGCGGCCUCCACAGCGCACACGUACUGAACAUACAGGACAGGAGUGUGUGCGUUGCCGUGAGCGCGCUGCGUCCCCUGCUGUUCGAGAAAGGCGAUGUCCUGGUGGCCGGGUCCUUUUCCGCCCUGACUGUGGCGCACAUAGCCGCAGCGGCCGCCGCCCGCUCGGGCCGAGUGUUGGUGUGCGGCCCCGAUCACACGCCUUCACAAGUAGAAGAGAUGCAAGAGCUACUCACACAAAUGGACCUCAAAAAUGUUCGAGUCCUGCCAGAAGCUUUCUGCAGCCUGCAUGAGUGGGAUGCCUCCGUCCAGCGGUUAAAGGUCGUCAUGGUGCUGCCCCGGUGUUCGUCCUCUGCCCUUAAUGACCCUGUUCCCACCAUCUACAGCGAACACGGAGACUGGGAUCUUCUGCCAGAUCUGUCUCACGGUUCUGUUUCCAAGAGCAAAAUGCACAACCUGACCACCCAGCAGGCUCGGCUGCUCGCACACGCUCUCACCUUCUCAAAGGUCCAGACCGCGGUCUACUGCACACGCUCAGUGCAUCCCGAGGAAAACGAACAGCUGGUGAAAAGGGUGUUGGAGAAAACACACACUCCUCCCAAACUGCUGCCCUUCAGGGUGAACGGUCCAGUUUUCCCAGAUGACUCUUCGCCAGGCGACGCAGCAGAGCCCAGGUUCUUCAGGCUCAGGCCGUCGCAGUUCACCAACGGCUGCUUCAUCGCCAGGCUGUCUCGACAGGCGGAUCCCACCAAGGUAGACACAGUCCAGGAUGUGCUGGCAAGGGCAGUGGCGAAGGGCCUCCUGGGGGGCAUCAUUUCUGAACAGUCGAAAACUGGCAAAAAGGGCAAAGGCAAGAAGAACCGAGCGGCUUCAGCGGGCAGCAGGCCUUCGUCUCCCUCCAGCGACGAGAGGCGAGAGCGAGAUCCAGCGGAAGAGGAGAGCGGCGAGGGAGACUUCAAAGACAGUGAAGAAGAGGGUGAUGAUAAAGGAGCAAAGGGGAAAAAGAAGAAGAGGGGCCGUAAACGACAUUCAAAACUAGCUAAGAAGGCGGGUGCGCCCAAAAACAAACCAACGAAGAGAAAACCCAACCAGCAAUAUCACAAGAAGCAUCCGUCAAGAAGUAAACCAAGACGAAUACCUCGUCUCACUCUGACGUUGAUGUCCUCUUCCAAACCCCCCAGCCACUUGUCUCCAAUCACGGCUCUCGCACACAAACUCAUCGUCAAUCCAGCUGCCAAAGCGCAGCAGUCCCCUCCUCCCGCCGGAAAGCACCCUUCACCCGCUCGCCCCGCACCACCGGGGCCCAGGAGGCAAAACUCCCAGCACGAAAGAGCAGAGAAGACGUCGAAGGACGCAGCCAAGCCAGGACGAAGGGUGGUCAGACCGGGGAAUGUGAAGGCGACACAGGAAGCACUGAAGGCAGCAGAUUUUGUCCUGCCGCCGAUUUCAUCCCCGUCUUCUUGUUCUCUACGCAGCAGGAGUGGCAGUUCUCUCUACAGGCCGCCAUCACACACCUCCAACUCUCAACUCGCCAACAUGUCGGCAUCUUCUUCCUUAGUCUCCCUGCCUGGAUUAUAAAAAACUGAAUAAAAUCAACAUUUUAACAUUUCAGUUUUAUUUAAAUUAUUGGACUACAGUGAAAGAUAUUGGUAAUUUCUUCUUGUGAUGAGAAAUAGAUAGAUUUUAGUACUUUUAGAAGCCGGACUUUAUUAUUAGCUCUAUGAUUAGCUUAUAAUAUAAUGUUCAUUUGUCCCAAAUUGAUAUUUCAUUUUACAGCAGUAUAACCAAUCAGCCACAACAUUAUGACCACUGACACUGACCGUCUUGUGACAAAACAGUGUUCUCCUGGGAAACCU